CUUAUGGUUAUGCGUUCCUGUUUGUACAUUAGCAGAUGAUACCGUGACCAUACCAUGCUCUUACACAGUUCAUCAAUACCAAUAUUCUGUGUGCUGGGGCAAGGGGUCCUGUCCACUCUCCUACUGUAACAAUUUGAUCCUCAAGACUGAAGACAAUGGAACCUGGAGGAAAGCAGAUAAAUACCAGCUGAUGGGUGACAUAGAGAAGGGAGACGUGUCACUGACCAUCUCUGGUGUGACCAUGGAGGACGCUGGAACAUACUGCUGCCGUGUGGAGAUCCCAGGAUGGUUCAACGACCUGAAGAGUAACAUAGAUUUGGAGAUACAAGAGGAUGAACCAAAGAUAUCUCAGGUCUACCGCCCAGAAGGUCAACCUCAGAGUGCCCUUACGAAGGUCAUACACAAGAUAAAGAAGCAGAUCCAUGAAGAGGAAGUGACAUCAAACCCUCCAGCAUUGCCAACAGACUUCACAAGCAGUCUUGCCAAAAAGGAUAAGAUCACCUCUGCAGCGAAGGAUACAGGCGAAAACAAGAGGAUCACAAAUCACAAACCCCAAUACAGUCUACCAUUCAAUAUUAUCCGAGCAACUAUUAUACUUGGAGUGACUUUACUGUUGCUAAUCCUAUUUUGCACUGCAAAGAAAAACAAGACCAAGGACAAGACAAAGUCAUGUUAUUAUAGGACCCAAAGUUGAAACAAACCUGCAAAAGGCCAUCGCCAGCUCUAUAAAAAAAAAGGGCAAAAAUAUUAGCAUCUGGUAAAAUUUGUGUAGAGGAUGGUUGCCAAUAGUUACCAACAACCACCAUAUCACCCGGCUGCCAGACCUCCAUAUAUCACUCUGAGACAAUGAACAGUCAUUUGCUUUGUUUUUGUUUAUUUGGGGGAUAUAACUUGGUUGGGGAAAGGAAUGCCUAUAGAACAGAUCACUUUGCCAUCAUGAUUACUGAAUUGGUUGAAUGGAUUAAGCUUUUGAAGAACCGAUACUCAAAUAUUCAGUCACUUCCCCUGCAUGACUCCUCUCCUCCUGCAUAAACUUCACUGAACUA